CACCGAGUUGCAUUGUGGGAGUGGUCUUACUUCCGGGCGGCAGCGUGUUGAAAAAGCAUUGUAAGGACUGGAUUUUUUUUUAAAUCAAGAAACCCGCUUACAAACAUUUUUUUUUGAUUUCACAGUUAGCCGUCGAUAUGGUCAAACUAUCGGCAGAGCUAAUUGAGCAGGCUGCUCAGUACACAAACCCCGUGCGCGACAGGGAGCUGGAUCUGCGAGGUUACAAAAUUCCUGUACUUGAAAACCUUGGGGCUACACUUGACCAGUUUGAUACCAUCGAUUUCUCUGACAAUGAAAUCAGAAAACUGGACGGCUUCCCUUUGCUCAAGAGGCUCAAAACGUUGCUCAUGAACAACAACAGAAUAUGUCGUGUUGGUGAAAACCUUGAACAGGCAUUGCCGAGUAUGAGGGAGCUGAUCCUCACAAGCAACAACAUCCAGGAAUUGGGUGAUUUGGAUCCGCUAGCCUCAGUGAAGACAUUGACCCUUCUCAGUCUCCUAAGGAAUCCAGUGACCAACAAGAAGCACUACAGGCUCUAUGUCAUCAACAAAAUUCCCCAGAUUCACGUGCUUGACUUCCAGAAGGUCAAGUUAAAGGAGCGUCAGGAGGCGGAGAAAAUGUUCAAGGGCAAACGAGGUGCUCAGCUUGCAAAGGAUAUUGCCAAGCGGACCAAAACGUUCACCCCCGGAGCUGCCGUUCAGCAGCCUGAGAAGAAGAAGAUGGGACCAUCUCCCGCUGACGUGGAAGCGAUCAAGAAUGCAAUAGCGAACGCCUCGUCUCUGGCCGAGGUGGAGAGAUUGAAGGGGAUGCUGCAGGCUGGUCAGAUCCCCGGACGGGAGGUCAGACAAGUCCCCCCGGAAAUGGUGGAGGUGGAAGAGGAAGAGGAGGAGAACGGGGUUGUGCAUAUGCAACGAGAGAUACAGACAGAGGAAGGAAAUGGAGUGGAAGAGAUGGAAGAGGAUGUAGUGGAGGUACAGGGAAAGGUGGAGGAGGUACAGGGAAAGGUGGAGGAGGUAGCUGUCAAGGAGGUGGAGAAGGUAGAAAAGGAAGAAGUGGAGGAGGAAGAAGAGAGGGAGGAGGGUAAAGAACAAGAGUCUGAGGAAGAUGAGUCUGAGGAUGAUGAUAUGGAUGAAGACUCACCGGUUAACGGAUCAUGACUCACCGGUUAACGGAUCAUUUUAUGCGGAUCUCAUGUCUAAAGUCUUGCUUGAUUUGUAAGUUUAUAUUUGUUGAACAUGCAUGUAAUGCCAUUUUUGUUAUUUUGAGAAAUGAAAAUACAAUAAACAUUUUUUUACAAAACGAUGCAA